AAAGGAACCGUCGCUCGCCCCCGCGAGCAGCGCCCGUCACCAGUCCGUCACCGCCCCGAAUCUCUUCUUGCCUCUUCUUCACUUCACCACUCCUUCACUUCACCACUCCAAGUUACGGAAUUCGCUGCGAAAUUCGCUCCGCAAACUCCAUCUCCGACGCUCCCCGAAGCUUCCGAGGUCAACGCCACUGCUGGAGAGAGAGGGAGAGAGAGUGACGUAGACGCGGAGAAGACGAACAUCGACUCCUCUCUCUCUCCUCUAUAUAAGCCGACAAACGCCGUGCUCUGCUCAACCCCGAUCCUAUCGUGCACCGGACGGCCGCCAUGGCGAGCGAGCCGCGAGCCUCCUCCGAUGCCAACCGCAAGCGCAUGAUCCCGGCCUACGUGAAGGCGAUCUCGGGCUCGCUCGGGGGCACGGUGGAGGCGUGCUGCCUCCAGCCGAUCGACGUUAUCAAGACGCGGCUCCAGCUCGACAGGUCCGGCGCCUACAAGGGAAUCGUCCACUGCGGCACCACCAUCGUCAAGACCGAGGGCGUCCGAGCUCUCUGGAAGGGCCUGACGCCGUUCGCGACGCACCUGACGCUCAAGUACACGCUCCGGAUGGGGUCGAACGCCAUGUUCCAGUCGGCGUUCAAGGACCCGGAGACCGGGAAGCUCUCCAACACGGCCAGGCUCCUGUCCGGCUUCGGCGCCGGGGUGCUCGAGGCGCUCGUGAUUGUUACUCCAUUUGAGGUUGUUAAGAUCAGACUGCAGCAACAAAGAGGUUUAAGUCCGGAGCAUUUAAAGUACAAGGGUCCUAUUCAUUGUGCCCGGACAAUUAUUCGUGAAGAAGGCCUUCGUGGGCUGUGGUCAGGGGCUGCACCAACGGUCAUGCGCAAUGGGACCAACCAGGCCGCCAUGUUUACAGCGAAGAACACUUUCGAUGUACUAUUAUGGAAGAAGCAUGAAGGCGAUGGCAAGGACCUCCAACCAUGGCAGUCCAUGAUUUCUGGAUUCCUCGCCGGAACUGCAGGUCCUGUGUGCACCGGGCCCUUCGAUGUCGUGAAGACAAGGUUGAUGGCUCAAAGUCGACAUGGUGGAGAGUUGAAGUACAAGGGCAUGGUUCACGCCAUCCAGACGAUUUUUAAGGAGGAAGGACUUCUCGCUUUGUGGAAGGGACUCCUGCCUCGGCUCAUGAGAAUCCCGCCUGGCCAGGCCAUUAUGUGGGCUGUUGCAGAUCAAGUAACCGGAUUCUACGAGAGGAAGUUUCUCAGAAAUGCACCUGUCUAGUCAUUGAUUGACAUUAGUAUGCUUUCUCAUCUUUGUGGCCAUUUAGUUGGUAGUCAAAUCAAUUGUUCGAUUAGUUUGUCUUCUUUUCAUUUAUCUAGAUGAACACCAUUUACCUAGACGCAGUCAUCAGUGAUUUUGAAUUGUAAAAACAUGAUGUCUCCUAUUGGCAAGCUUUCUAAAAGUUUUGACUGGGAUGAAAUAGAAUUAAAAAACAUGUACUUUGCUCAUUGAUUCAAUUGAA